AUGAUAAAAUAUAAUUUGAAAUACUGUUGUGAUGACAUUUGUAUUUUUCCUAGUUGUGCCUUGUUAAAUUAUGAUGAUAAAUUUAGUGAUACUUUUGGUUUAACUGCAGUUUCAACAUAUCAGCUUAAAAAUAAUAAUAAAAAUAAUAAGCAAAAAAAAAAAGGAAAAAUAUAUUUAUUUAGACUUACGGAAAAUAUAAGUGAAAAUGAUAACUCUGAUAUAGAUUAUUUUCUUAGUUAUGAGAAAAAUAUAAAUUUUCAUAGUGGAGUUCUUCAAUCUAAUUAUAUUUUUUCAAAUGAAAAUCUAUUAUUAGGAAGUGUAUGUGUUAAUGGUUUUUAUUUAUCAGAUGUAAACAAGGGAAAUUAUGAAAAAUUAAUUCAAACAAAAGAUGAAGAAAAUAAUUCAGGAUUAUCAUUCGAAGCUUUUGAUAACAAAACUGAAGCAAUAUGUGUUACUUUUAGUAAUGGUGAUAUUUGUUAUCUCGUUGAUGGAAUAAAAAAAAAAUUAUGGAAAGGUCAUGAAUAUCAUAUAUGGUCAUGCACAUUUAACGGAAGUAAAGAUAUAAUAACAACAGGCUCUGAUGAUUGUUCAUUUAUUAUAUGGGACUUAAGAACUGACAAUUUUGUUCAAAAAAAUAAAAAAUCUCAUUCUCAAGGUGUUACUUCAGUCAAUUUCGAAAUUGUUAAUAAUCUAUUAUAUACAGGAUCAUAUGAUAAUAAAAUUCGUAUUUUUGAUUUACGAAAUAUAUGUGACCCUUUACAAAUAAUUGACGUUAAUUCAUCCAUAUGGAGACUUAAGUUUUUAUAUAAAAAUAAAAAAUUAAACAAAUUAUUAGUUGCAGCUUGUGAUGGAGGAGCAAAAGUUUUUAAGAAAAUAAAUGAUGAAUUUAUUUUUAAAAAGGGUGUAACGAAUAAUAAUGAAUUAACUUACGGAAUUGAUGCCAUUGAUAUUCCGAAUAAAAAAAAAAAAAAAAAAAUUUAUUUUACUUGUUCUUUUUAUAAUAAAGAAGUACAAAUGUGGAUUUAA